CUCUCCUCAAACUUUCAUUGGUGUCCUGUCUGCUAGCUUUCCCGACAUAUUUCAUAGCUUCGUCGCCUAGGCAAGUGGUUACAGCCGUCUGAACACCACCAACAAUUUCCUCGGAAAGUCCAACAAUGUCUGCAUCAGACGCUCCAUCUCUUCGAUUCCCGGAACCCUUUCCAGCUCAGGCGAACGUCACACACGAAGCAGCCAUAAACAUGCUCAGUCGGGCGGCUCAAUUGGCCCUGCAGCAGCCGUUCGUAUGGUGUUGGAUUGAUAAACCGUCUGACGGCGCGGUCUUCCUUCUUUUCGUGCAAGGGCGUUUCCCAAACGAUGGUAUACGGUUUUUAGAGCCAGAGCAGCACUACAGGAGGAUGAUUGGAGCGCACGGGGAGCUGGAGGUCUACGAGACAAAAUACGGCUUCAUACCAGGCUCAGGAGAGACGAGUGCUUCACGCGUUAGGAGACGGUAUCGACUGAGCAAAGGCGGUAAUCAAAAUCUUGUGCUCGUGCACUAUUCGAGGGGACAAGGAUUGCAGAUUCCCCCAUUGAUCGCGAACCAGCCUAUCCGACAGUACCCGCUCCGACCACUAAACGAGCCUGCGAUGUUUGUUGCUGGUGACAAGGUUGGUCAGAAGAUACCUUUGGCUGGUGGAGGAGGUGGGAUGCCUAUGGGUGGUGGUUUCCCAGGGCGUGGCGAUCCCCAUGCCAUGCUUGCUCAACAGAACAGGGAGAUGGAAGCAUUGGACAGGCGAGCUCAAAGGGAUAGGAGUGCAAGCAUGAACCAGCGUCUGCCUCCACAACAGCAGCGACCGGUGGAUGAUGAGGACUCCUCGGAUGAGUUGGAGCAGAUAUCGACUCGGACGUUGGCUCUUUCUCGCUACAAGCGCAACCAUGAGCUCAUGAAUGAAGUUUUCAUGCACGCUGCCUUCGGCGAUAAAACCAUCCCCAAAACGCCACCAGCCUACUCAAUUUUCAACAAGGAUGACCUCGAGGCGAAGCUAUCCAAACUCACCUCAGAAAUCCAAGACAUACGUGCCAAAUCAGCCGCACGAGAAGCCCAACAGACAUCAUCUAUGGACAACUUAGAGCAGUCAGACGUCAGCAUGUCCAUGGUCCAAUCGCCGAGCGCACCUAUGAUCGGGGUAGACGGAAGCGAGGCUUGAAGUUUUGCUCCCUAUAGCAGCGAGGUGUAGUCGCCAGUUUAAGCUUUCUUGUAUCGUCUUUGGAUCGUGUGCCCGUGUAUCAUUAUUGUUGUUUUUGUUUUCUUGCUCUGUUUCCGUGUUGCCUCAUCAAUUG